UUCGACAGGAGGAGUUUGCUGGGUGAGAAACCAGGAUUUUUUCAGGAAUUAAAACGAACCCUAUGUGUUUGACCAUGUAUAAUAUGUAAAGGGGAAUGGCGAAGUUGUAUAUCUUUUGGAAGCUUCGUUCUGUAUGAAGACUAAAACUUCAAACACCAACCGUGUCUUUCCACCGGAAAAGAUUAACGGAAAACACAAUGAUAAGCUAGCUGGCUAGCGAGCUGGCUCGGUGACUGGCUAGCUGCUACUCGUGGAUAAGAAGAGGAAAACAGUCAAAAAGGAGUCUUGUGCUCAACACGGAAGGGAGAGGAGGUAGCUAUGAUAAGCGCUUCUAAAAGGGAAAAUCCGUCGAUACAAAAAUCGGUUUAACUAGCUGAUGUACCUGAUGUUAUUCAAUUUUUGGCCUAGCUGGCGAGCAAACAGAGUCGGUUCCAAAAUUGGAAACCGGGAUAUCGGUUGGUAUUCUUGUUUUGACUGAAGCUCGAGGGUGGAUACCAAGCUGACGAGCUAGCAAACCAAUCAAUGUAGCUAACGUAGCAAGCUAGCUAUAGUACAGCCAUCACAGGUUAGCUAGUUAGAUGCGCUACAUGUUGCUCACAGUGAACUAGAUAGCUCGCGACAGAUGAUACGUUGCAUGUGGCCCCUUAUAAAAAACUAUACAAGUUGAAUUGCUACAUUGUUAUAGUAAACUGGUUAGUACCCGCUAGCUAGCAACGUAAAGGGGGUGAAAGCUGCAUGUUGUGUUCGGACUAGCUUUCUUGCUAGCCGGCUAAUAUUGUUAAAACUGGCAAGCUGGCUAACAUCGACCAGUUUAGAGCUGGACAGUGCUGUGUUGUCUAUUUUUCAUUCAGAUAACGCUAUCAACUUGCUAAGUUUCGCCGUUGCCAAAUACUCAACUAGCUUAUAAAAUACGUUAGCUUGUCGUAGCAGCCAUAAAUUACUUGUUUACAGGGAGUUUGGUGGGGAUUUAACGUUCACUUGCUACGUCCGUGUUAUCCAUGUAGCUACUAAAUUAAGGUGCAUUUCCUGAAAUAAUUGCUAGGCUGCUUGCAAGUGAAACAUUGCAGCUGGAGAUUAAGCCCAUAUAACCUGCCAUCUCGCAUAGCUAGUGAGUUAAAUCAAUGACAGAGGGCUCUUAAGCAUUUCUAGCUAAAUGGACGAAUAUCAGUACAACCCCUGCAGUAUUGAGGGUAGCUAGCUAGUUUGAUAGCCAGCGCAGUUAACGGUUGAUUCUUGUUGGUAAACUACAGCAUGCAAAUACUGCUACUAGCAAGCCAGAUGGGUAUCUUGUGCUAGCUGACGAUGUAUUUUCAUCUGGCAUUGACAGAAAGUGACGUACCUUGCUAUCAUAUCUCGUUUUGAUAAACAUGUACACGAUUUGUAGUUUUCUUUUCGGUCUGUCUUUCUGUGAUUGUUUUCUCAGGGCUACAAAUCUGCAGAUCGUACAUGCAGUAUAUUGCUAGCUAGUUAAAUUAUGGCUCAUUAAGAAAGGCUUAGAACAGAUGCCAGCUCACCAAGAGUCCAUCAGCUAGCAAACGUUUGGUUGUUGGCAAGAUAGUCCAAGUCCGAAAAGGUAGACUGGCACUAGAAUCCAAACUCAUACCAUUUUCAGAUAGAUCUGCUGUGUUAGGAUAGCCCAUUUAUUCAACUAGCUUUCAAGCAAUAUAUCGUGAAAAGCCAUUGGCAUUGGCUAAGGCCUCAUGUUUUCAUGACAAGUAAUCUCUUAAAGAAUAAAUCGUUCUGAUCAUUACCGUUAACAUUAGUUUGCAAAAUCACACAAUGGCCACAAGUAGUAAAGGAGUUCUGACGUGUAGGUACAGUAUCGACCAUCUGAAGGGUUUAAAAAAUACAAACUGGUUUUAAUUUAUUCAAGUGCUGGAUACAAGCGAAGAAAGAAAACGAAGAGGUUCGUAAUUUUUUGUCCUAGUGAAUGUUUUCCUUUUCUCGUUGGAUCAAAAGUGCCAAAAUACUGCCCAGAAUAUAUAAUAGAAGUUUUGUUUCCAAGAACUGCACAAAAGUGUCGUGCUUGUGAAAAGCACAUGCGACUGUUCUUUCUACUGCAAUCGAAGGAAGCCGAUCCCAAACUGUAAAGUAUCGGCUUCUCGAAGACAUCCUCGCUUUAGACUGCAAAGCUUACCGGUAGCUUUCAAUGGAGCUGCAAUCACUAUAGCGAAGACGGAGCGGGUGUACAGCCGAAAAGUUUGGAACCAGACCGUGGCCGCGGGCAACCGAGGGGCCUUCAGCCCCAGGUUGAGUCGCCUGCUGGAAAGAUGGGUUCUCAGGCUCUUCAGAUACUGCGGCAAGGCGUGUGGGCUUCCCUGACCGGAGGCUGGUACGUCGACCCGCACCAGAGCACGUUCUCCAACUGUUUUCACCUCUACCUCUGGAUAUUCCUACUGGCCUUCCCCUUCCUGCUCUACAUGGCCUUGCCCUCCAGCAUGGUGGUGGCUGGGGUCUACUGCCUGGUGGUGGCGGUGUUCUUCACGGCCAUCAAGGCGGUCAACUUCCGCCUUCAUGCCAUGUUCGACCUGGGGGAGAUCGUGGAGAAGAGGCAGGCCUCCCUGACCGCCGAGGCGCUGAGGGUGGAGGAGGUGGAUGAGGGCGGAGACCUCAGCAGGAACCAGCACAGGGACAGCGGCGGAGGCGUGGAGAUGACGGUGUUUCGAAAGGUGAACUCCACCCCCCCAGUCCGCUGCAGCUCACAGCACUCUCUCUUCGGGCUCAACCAGGUGUCGGAAUUUCUGCCACAGCUCGAAGACACAGGAGGCUCCAAAGAUAUCAAGGACCUGAUGCGGGAGCAGGGCAGCAACAACGUGAUCGUGACUUCGGCCCACCGGGAGAUCCUCCGACACAGCUCCCAGGACACCAUCAGGGGCGCCAGCGUGGUCCAGUCCUGCCUGGCCGCCGCGCUGGCCAAUGACUUCCCCGGGCUGAUGGGGGUGGGCGGGGUGAUGGCGGGGGGCUUCGGGGGCAACGUGCCCGGAGAGUGCCCCUCGGCUCCCCCCUCCCCCUGCAGCCAGGCGGACGAGGGGGAGCGGGCGGACGAGGAGCAGGGGUGCGGGGCGCGGCAGAGGAGCCCCGGGGGGCCGGGGCCCGGGGGCUACUCGCCCCUGGGGCCCUCCGGGGAGUCGGAAAGCCUGGGCGACGCCCCGCUCAGCCCGCUGAUCAAGAGCAGCCUGAGCGAGGAGCUGAGCGAGAACCUGCUGGGCCUGGGGCUCGACCCCGGGGCCCUGGCCCCCGGCUCCGCCCGCCGCGCCCCCGCCACCGCGGCCGGCUCCACCGACAGCUGCUUCAGCGGGGGGGGCGGGGCCACCGACCGCGAGACCCUCAGCACGGUCAGCAGCUACCGCAGCGAGAAGACCGACUCCACCCAGCUGGAGAGCCCCUCCCUCAGUCUGCCCCGCCCCGGCCCGCCCGGGACCGCCCCCUCCCUCCCCCCGGGCCCCGACCCCGGGCCCCCAGGAGCCCCGGAGCCGGCCGGGAGCGACACGGACGACCUGUCGGACAGCGAGCUGCUCCGCUCCCCCUCCAAAGAGCUCUCGGUGGGGCAGGAGCUGGACCGCACCCUGGUGGAGGGGGAGAGCGUCUCCGCCCUCCCCCCUGAGCUCCCUCAGGCCCCGCCCCUCCAGGACUCCUCCCCCUCCAGCAGCGGGCGCUCCGAGGCCUGCGACCUGGAGCGGGCGGCCCCCCUGCCCCCCCUGCCGCCCCCCCGGCAGGCCAGCUCCGUGCCGGCGGGCCUGGGCUGCUCGGACCCCGCCCUGCCCAUCACGCCCCCGCCCUUCCUGCUGUCGGACCCCCCGCAGCUGCACGCGCAGCAGGUGGUGCGGCCCAAAGACCUGAAGCUGCUGCGCCCGGCGGGGGGGGCGGGGCACCGGCCGGGCCGGCGGAAAGCGCCGCGGAAACGGGGCGGGGCGGGCAGCAGCAGCUUCGACUGCGGCUCGUACCGCCGGCACCACGGCCGCGGCCAGCACAGGGACUACAUCCCGGUGCGCAGCCGGCUGGCGGCCAAGGCCUACAGCGAGAGCCUGUUCGAGGACUCGAGCGACGAGGACGACGGCAGCGAGGGGAGCGACCUGAGCGCCGCGUCCAGCCUGGGCUCGCAGCGCCGCUUCAGCUCCGACGACGACGACGACGACGACUCCAGCUCCUCCACCUCCUGCUACUCCCCCGACUCGGCCGGCGCCGGGCAGGCCCCGCCCCCCUCCGCCGCCCCGCCCGCCGACCCCCGGGAGGGGGAGGAGUCGGACCGCGUGGGCCCCGCCCACCCGCGGGGGGCCCAGCGCUCGGCCAGCACGGCCAGCGCCAAGACUCACGCCCGGGUGCUGAGCAUGGACGGGGCCGGGGGGGGCCACGCCAGCGCCGGGACGCUGGCCUCCGCGCCCCUCGCCCUGGCGCCCUCCGCCGCGCCCGCCCCGCGCCCCCUCACCGUCUCCAAGUCGGACCUGGAGGCUCGCACCGCGCACCUGGAGGGCUUCCCCGGGGCCCGGCACCGGCUGGACUCUCAGGGCGGCUCCUGGGCCGGGAACCACACCGGCUGGCGGGCGGGGGAGCUGGUGGAGGAGGGCGCCGUGGGCGGAGAGGAGGUGGGUAAGAGGGACUCGGUCAGCAGUGUAAAGAGGACGCAGGCCAUCCGCAGAAGACACAACGCUGGGAGCAACCCUACCCCCCCUCCCUCCGCCAUGGGCUCCCCACCCAGGUGUGGCUCUGAUUGCUGUGAUGUGGUUGUGUCUCCGUGGCAACGCCUCUCCAGCCUGCAGGACCUCCAGCGCGCCCGCGCCUCCUCCCACUCCCGCGCGCUCACCCUGCCCUCCGCCCUGCAGUUCGCCUCCUCCCUGCUGCUCCCCCGCGGGGGCGUGCACGAGGCGUCCACCUUCGACGACACUUCGGAGGGCGCCGUGCACUACUUCUACGACGAGAGCGGAGUGAAGAGGUCUUACACUUUCGGCCCUGCGGGAGGAGGGUACGAGGACCCCGUUCAGGAGAGGGAGAGGCAGUCCCAGUCCUCCAGCUUCACCUCGGCCGAUGUCCAGGAUGGGGCGCCGGUGCUGUCCAUGCUGCAGCCCAGGCCCGUGGUCCUGCAGGGAAUGCAGGUUCGAAGGGUGCCGCUGGAGAUUCCAGAGUUUGACCUGGACCACGAGUCUGUGCACGAGUCCCAGGAGAACACGCUGAUGAUCGAGGAGAAGGCCAAGCCCAAGCAGUACUACCGCUUCUGGGUGCUGCCGGGGAAGUGGCUGCGGGUGCGCUACGACAGGCUCGCCCUGCUGGCCUUGCUGGACAGGAACCGGCGGGUUGGAGAGAACGUGUUUGCGGUGCUGCUGGCCAGCAUGGUGGCCUUCCUGGGCUUCCUGCUGCUGCUGCAGGGCUUCUUCAGGGACAUCUGGGUCUUCCAGUUCUGCCUGGUCAUCGCCAGCUGCCAGUACUCCCUGCUGAAGAGCGUGCAGCCGGACGCGGCCUCCCCCAUGCAUGGGCAUAACUGGAUCAUAGUGUACAGCCGGCCGGUGUACUUCUGCCUGUGCUGCGGGCUCAUCUGGCUCUCUGACCUGGCAGGGAACUCCAGCAGCCUGCCGCCAUUCACCCUGUACGGCGUCACCUUCUUCUCCUCGCACUUCCUGCUCUGCACCCGGGACGUGCUCAUUGUUUUCACCUUGUGUUUCCCAGUCGUGUUCCUCUUCGGGCUCCUACCUCAGGUCAACACCUUUGUCAUGUGUCUGCUGGAGCAGGUGGACAUGCACAUCUUUGGCGGAACAGCCACGACCAGCCCCCUGUCAUCCUUAUACAGCCUGCUACGCAGUGUGCUGGUGGCUGCCCUGCUGUACGGAUUCUGCCUAGGUGCCAUCAAUGCCCCGUGGGAUGAGCUCCACGUUCCGGUGCUGUUCUCUGUGUUCUGCGGGCUGCUGCUGGCUCUGUCCUACCACCUGAGUCGCCAGAGCAGCGACCCCACCGUCCUCUGGUCUCUCAUUCGCUCACGGUUCUUCCCCGAGCUGGACAGCAGGAGCCCAGAGGAGCCGCCCCUGGAGAUUAAGGACCCCUUGCCGGAAAAGCUGCGCAAUUCUGUGAAAGAGACCCUUCACUCUGACCUGGUCAUGUGCCCCCUGAUGGCGGUCAUCACGUUUGCCAUCAGCGCGAGCACGGUCUUCAUCGCCCUGCAGCCCGCUCUCAGCUUCGUCCUGUACGUGCUGGCGGGGGUGGUGGGCUUCCUCACCCACUACCUGCUGCCCCAGCUCCGCAAGCAGCUGCCCUGGUUCUGCCUGGCCCACCCCGUGCUCCGCUCCCGCGAGUACUGCCAGUUCGAGGUCCGGGACGCAGCCCAGCUGAUGUGGUUUGAGAAGCUCUACGCUUGGCUGCAGUGUGUGGAGAAGUACUUCAUCUACCCCGCGGUCAUCCUCAACUCCCUGACCACCGAGGCCCAGGCAGCCAGCACCGAGAAAAUGGGUCUUUAUAGUCGCUCGCUCUUCAUCUCGCUGGCGGGGAUGAAGCUGCUUCGCUCGUCCUUCUGCACUCCGUCUCAGCAGUACGUCACGCUCUGCUUCACCGCCCUCUUCUUCCACUUCGACUACCCGCGCUUCUCCGAGACCUUCCUCCUCGACUACUACUUCAUGUCCAUCCUCUUCAGCAAGCUGUGGGACCUGCUGUACAAGCUGCGCUUCGUCCUCACCUACAUCGCGCCCUGGCAAAUCACCUGGGGCUCCGCCUUCCACGCCUUCGCCCAGCCCUUCGCCGUGCCCCACUCUGCCAUGCUCUUCAUCCAGGCGGUGUUUUCCGCCCUCUUCUCCACCCCCCUCAACCCCGUGCUGGGCAGCGCCGUCUUCGUUACCUCAUACACCCGACCCGUCAAGUUCUGGGAACGCGACUACAACACUAAGCGGGUGGACCACUCCAACACACGCCUGGCCACUCAGCUGGACCGCAACCCGGGUGCGGACGAUAACAACCUGAACUCCAUCUUCUACGAGCACCUGACGCGCUCGCUGCAGCACAGCCUGUGCGGGGACCUGCUGCUGGGCCGCUGGGGCAACUACAGCACGGGCGACUGCUUCAUCCUGGCCUCCGACUACCUCAACGCCCUGGUGCACAUCAUCGAGAUCGGCAACGGCCUGGUCACCUUCCAGCUGCGCGGCCUGGAGUUCAGGGGGACGUACUGCCAGCAGAGGGAGGUGGAGGCCAUCACGGAGGGGGUGGAGGAGGACGAGGGCUGCUGCUGCUGCGAGCCGGGCCACCUGCCCCACGUGCUGUCCUUCAACGCGGCCUUCGGCCAGCGCUGGCUGGCCUGGGAGGUGGCCGCCACCAAGUACGUGCUGGAGGGCUACAGCAUCAGCGACAACAACGCCGCCUCCAUGCUGCAGGUGUUCGACCUGCGCAAGAUCCUCAUCACCUACUACGUCAAGAGCAUCAUCUAUUACGUGAGCCGCUCGCCCAAGCUGGAGGAGUGGCUGGCCAAUGAGACCAUACAGGAAGCGCUCCGCCCCUGCCAGGCCCCCGCCUACGUGGACAGCGACCCCACCUUCAACCUGAACAUCGACGAAGACUACGACCACCGAGCCGCCGGCAUCACCCCGGGAGCCUUCUGCACCGUCUACCUGGACUGGAUCCAGUACUGCAACAGCCGACGGCAAGCGCCCGUGGAGGGUGAGAGAGAGUCCCCGCUGGUCACGCUGUGUUUUGGGCUCUGCAUCUUGGGCCGCAGGGCUUUGGGGACCGCCUCCCACAGCAUGUCAGCCAGCCUGGAGCCCUUCCUCUACGGCCUGCACGCUCUGUUCAAGGGUGACUUCCGCAUCACCUCCCCGCGGGACGAGUGGGUGUUCGCGGAUAUGGACCUGCUGAACAGAGUGGUGGCCCCUGGGGUGCGCAUGUCCCUCAAACUGCACCAGGACCACUUCACGUCGCCGGACGAGUACGAGGACCCGGUGGUGCUGUACGACGCCAUCACGGCCAACGAGGAGAAGAUGCUGAUCUCGCACGAGGGCGACCCCGUGUGGCGCAGCGCCAUCCUGGCCAACAUGCCCUCGCUGCUGGCGCUGCGCCACGUCAUGGACGACGGCAGCGACGAGUACAAGAUCAUCAUGCUCAACAAGAGGUUCCUCAGCUUCAGGGUCAUCAAGGUGAACAGGGAGUGUGUGCGCGGCCUGUGGGCGGGGCAGCAGCAGGAGCUGGUCUUCCUGCGGAACCGCAACCCGGAGCGCGGAAGCAUCCAGAACGCCAAGCAGGCCCUGCGCAACAUGAUCAACUCCUCGUGCGACCAGCCCAUCGGCUACCCCAUCUACGUGUCCCCCCUCACCACCUCCUACGCCGGGGGCCACGCCCAGCUGCGCUCCGUCUGGGGGGGGCCCGUCAGCCCCCACAACAUCUACACCUGGUUCAUCAGCAGCUGGGACAGGCUACAGAAAGGCUGUGGCGCAGGGUGUAACAGCGGGGGAAACAUCGAGGACUCUGACUGUGGCGGCGGCUCCUCUUCCAUCGCCAACAACCCCACGACGCACCCCCCCCAGGCCCUGCCCACGCACGGGAGCGCCCCCCCGCCUCUCCCUCCGUCCCACCUCCCCACCAUCCAGCCCCCCCUGGGAACUGACAACCCUCUUGGACCAGCCUGGCCUCUCCACCCCCAGCCCCUCCCCCUGGCCCUGCUCAGCCAAUCAGAGGGCAGGCGGGAGGCGGGGCUGGUGACCUCGCUGCAGCGCACCUCGUCCAUUCAGGGGCUGCUGGGCCAGCACCUGUCGGGCUCCCAGCUGUCCUUCAGCGGCUCCGUGGCGCUGCCCGCCGCCGAGCGUUUCUGCGCGGGCGUCGCUCAGGACUGCCCCGGCCCGCCGCCGCCGCAGCGAGGACCCCAGAGGCCCGGCCUGGGCCCCGGGGCCGGGGCCCCGCUCUACGAGGGCCUGUACGGGAAGUGGAGCCUGCCGGGCAGGAAGGGCUUCAACGGGCCGGCGGCGGGGGACGCCGACGCCGCGCUGCAGACCGUGCGCACGCAGCCUCCUGCUCCGGCCCCUCCCCCUGAAGUCUCUCCAGCAGCUGAGCCAAUGGGGACGAUCGUCCCCGGCGAGACCACGCCCCUGACGGCAGGGGAGCCUUCCCCAGCCCGGGAGGAGAGCUCGGAGCUUCCUUUACUGGAGCGCCUGUGCUGAGACCGGUCUGCCACAGCUGCAGCCAAAGCGUAGCGGGGCGGGGCUGGGGCGGGGCGGGGCGGGGCUGGAGCGGGCCCGACCGGACCAGACCGAACCGGGUCAGACCGGAUCAGGACAGAUGGGACCUGGUUGGCCCGUCUGGCUUCCCCGGAGUCAUUCCAGCGUGCUUAAGGUUCCUGUUGAGUGGAGAGUAUCUGAAUCAUGCAAUAUCAAAAGGAAUAACCACCAGUCCCCAUCCAUCACCAGUCUGUACUGUACCUCUGUUAGCCCUGCAGGACUGGAUCCGCCUGAAGACGCACACGCAUUCCUCCCUCUCUCUCUCUCUCUCUCUCUCUCCCCCUCACCCUCUCGCUCUCUCUCCCUCCCUCUCUCUCUCUCUUUCUCUCACACUCUCCCCCCCCGCCCCCAUCUUUUUCUCUCACUCUUUUUAUUUCAUUUAUUUAUUUUUAUUUGCUCAGAAAUGGAAGCCAAGCCCUCUCAGCUGAAGCACAUUUUUGGAUUCUUUUUGUUUUUCCCGCUCAGUAUUUGGACGGCACAGAAAGGGUUUGACUGACAUGUCACUCAGGACUAAAAUGAAGACCCAAGCGCUGAGCUAAGUAAUGGGGGCGGGGCUAGAGCCGAACUCCCCUCCACUCCCUGCUGCACUGAGAUCCUAGGUCUUGCCUCUGGACCCCCCAAACCCCCCGGCCUGCCCCGCCCCGCCCCGCCCAGGCUUGAGAGGGCAUCCAGUGGGGGAGGGGGGGAUCUCCUGUACCCCUCUGGACCCUCUCAGCACUCACGCCCAAUGCCAAGCGAAACAAAGGGAAAACUGAACCGUGCUAGAGCUCAGGGUCACGCCCACACCCUGCACAGGGUAGCUGUUCUGUGCACAGGGGGGCUGUUCGGUGCACAGGGUAGCUGUUCUGUGCACAGGGGGGCUGUUCGGUGCGCAGGGUAGCUGUUCUGUGUGCAGGGUGGCUGUUCUGUGCUCAGGUUGGCUGUUCUGUGCUCAGGGUGGCUGUUCUGUGCUCAGGGUGGCUGUUCUGUGCUCAGGGUGGCUGUUCUGUGCUCAGGGUGGCUGUUCUGUGCUCAGGGUAGCUGUUCUGUGCUCAGGGUGGCUGUUCGGUGCGCAGGGUGACUGCAGUACACGCAGGCAGAGCCUGUUGCGUGUUCACUCAGGCUGUUAUGCGCAGUUCAGCCUAUUGCAUCUGCAGAGCGCCUGUUGCAACAGGGCUGCGCUGAGGAGCUGUAUUACGGUGUGCAGGAAUAUCGGCCCGCGCACUGAUGAGGACGGAGCGUACCGCUAGACCCCCCCCCCAGGGCACACACCUGACCAAUCACAACACAGCAACCUGUCAGGUGAUUAUAAUCAAACCUAAUAAUUCUACCGGUGCUAGAAACCAGAGUCCCUCCACACAUUCCGAAAAAGAAAAGCGGUAAUGGCACUCAUGCACACGCAUAUAUACAUCACCCCCCCGAGACGGCACUUUAAUCAGCGCACACACAAGCCAGCCAGCCGGGGGCGGGGGUGCGCAUCAGGGCUGAGCGGGGCGGAUACAGGGGGGUCUCCCCCAGCCCGCGUGGAACAGGAAGCAUCAGAUGGGGCAUGGGAUUGUUCGGCACGGUGGCGAGCUCGUUACCAUGGAAACACCGCGUUCUUCAAGAUGACCGCCGGCCAUCUCCACACGACUUCACACCUGGACUGAGUUUUUUUUCUUUUUUUUACUUAAUUUUUUUUUUGUUUUCAAAAAUGAGGGAAGCAGGCAUUUUUUUAUGCAGGCAGGGGGAGGGGGGCGUUCCUUUUGCGCUUGUGGGGAGAAGGCGGUUGCUGUUCUGCCCUGCCCUGCCCCGCCCCGCCCCGCCCCCUGCUAAGGAACCUGGUCGGCUUUUAUUUUUACCUGGUCGGCUCUGGACUAUAUCUACAGUGGGUGGGACCUGGAAACCUAAGCUCCGCCCCCAUCCCAGACAGUUCUAGAGAGUGCAAUAGAUCCACAAGCUCCACAGCAAAUACUGCUCUGGAGACAGAAAUGCUUACAGUGUGGCUACUACUACCCCCUCUGCAACUACUAAUAUUACUACAACUACUGUUUCUACUACUCUUACCUCCAGCGUUUUAGUUGGAAGCUUAUUGAAAUAAAGACUGAAAGAAAAUCUAACAUAUUUAUUUGGUUGCUGAUGUCAUGGGGGAUCUGGAGUUUCUGGGCUGCGUAUUAAUAUUAAUGAGAAUGAUGAUGCUGUAAGCAGGUCGAUUUUGCUCUGUUGUCUGGGAUUCGACCGUGUGUCGGGGAGACGUAACUUCAGGCAAUGUUUAACUAAAGGUUUUCUCCCUUUUUUUUUUUUUUUUUUUUGUUUACCGCAAGUGUUGACUAUGGGAAAAGAAACUGAAUUUCAGUGAUUGUGUUUUCCUCCAAGUUGAUAUAACUGGAAAUAGGCCUGAAAUAAGACACCUAAGCCAUUCGAAAUGUAUUGCUUGUGUUUGUGUCAUGCACCACCACGAUCGGCAACAUCGGCACAGAUUUAUUGCCAAUUUCACUGAACCCCCCCCCCCCCCCCACUCACUUUAAACCACAUAUGGGAAAGUGGUGGGGAAUGUCAGUUCUAAAUGGUGGCCUUUGGAGCGGAGUCGUGCGCGGGAGAGCCGGUGAGUGGCCUGUUUAUCGCGGUGUCUGCCGAUGUGCCGUGUGUUCUGUGUCCCGGUGCAGACACGCGCCGUGGUGUUCAGCCCAUGGGUGGCUGUGGUGUGCUCAGCGGACCAGCGUUGAGGACAGCCGCAGAAAGUUCUAGAAAGUGGUUUACAUAGCAGAACAUGGAGACUGAUGGGAUUGGUCGUGAAGAAGCAGGCGCUGUGGCACAGUGGGCCUUAACCCUUUGAAGAUUAGGAAUUUUGGAAUGUUAUUUCAAAAUUCUAAGUCAGUUUCAUAGAACUGCACUGCUUUCAGUUACCAGUAGUGACUGUUACUUCAGAAUUAGAAUGUUCAGGUAAGAAUAUUCUCUCAUCUUAAAGAGGAAAUGAGCGACGCAGGUGUGGUCCUGCUGUGAUUGGCAUUGCCAGCUGGCCAAUGGUACAAUUUGAGUAUAACUGACAGUUUGGGCAACUUGUAGCUUUUGGUCACUGUGUUUUCCCUUUUGAAAUUGGGUGUUUGAAGUGGGUUUUGGGUUAGCUGGGUUCUCGCUGGCCAGAGGUUUGCUGAUGACCUCAGCAGGUUUGUUUCCAAGGUUUCCUGCUCUGCUGUGUUUCUAUUGGAGUUGGGGACAAUGGGAAAAAUAUGUAGGAUUUAAAAAAUGAGCAGUUUUGGCCCUAGGAGUGAUUGUUGUAAUUGUCAUGUUGGCCACAGGGUGGCGCUAAAUGCAGUUAUGCCGAUGAAUCUGUCGGCACACCGCUGCCCACAGGGGGAGACCUCGUCCCAGAGGAAGUGACCAACACGUUCUGCUGCUUUAUCAGUUGACUUCAAGUCAUCCGUUCAUUUGUCCAGAGAGGAGGAGGAGUUCCCUUUUUAAUCUGGGCAAAAAUAGAGUCCCCCAAAAUGAGGAUCCUCGGAAUUGUGCUGGUCUGUGGACCUCUCCCCCUAGUUGUCCCAUUCCCCUCCACAGUAGUUUGAUUCUCGUACCCGUACGGCUGUAUGGACUGACAUGACAACGUUUUUAUGUGAACAAGGAAUUUUUUUAAAGGCUUUUUUUGUUUGUUUGUUUUCCUCCCCAAAGUGACAGAAGUCGUUCUCUUACUGAAAGUAAGCACAAGUUACUGGACAGAUCUUGGUGUCAACUAAAGGGAUGUGUUAUAUCUCUGCCAUUUAUGUACAGCAUGUUGUGUAUAUAAAUACAUAUAAAUAUAUUUUAUUAUUAUGAUUAUUUGAUUUAAUACUUAUUUUUUUGAGGAAGACACUACCUUCGAUUUGAAGGGAACCCCCCUCUCCCCCCUCCUUAGUGCUUUUCACUCCAGUUCUCUGCAGAAUGAUUCCCCAUCCAUAUAGAAUGCACUCUGAAUCACAGUCUGGGAUUAAAUGAUUGAUACCGCUUUUGCACAAACUUUGUAAAUUAGGACACCAUACCAACUUUUUCUUUUUUUUUUUUAAAUUUCAGUUAUUUUGGGGGGGUUUUUUGUUUUAUUUAAAUCUUGUAAUUCAAUAUUCAAAGUUCUGUACAGUUUUUUAUGUGAUUUCUUUUUCCCCUAUUUAAAUUAAAGAUUUUUUGUGUCAUGGUUUGCAAAGCA